CCGUGUCGCUGGUGGAGAAGAUGCAGGCUCAAGAGAUCCUGCGCAGCCUGCGGCUCCCCGAGUUCGAUGACCUCAGCCAGUUCUUCCGCAACCUGCCGGCCACGGCGCUGGUGGGCAUCGGUGCCUUUGCGGCUGUCGUUGCCUACUGGUUCGCCAGCCGGCCCAGGCCUGUGAAGCCGCCCUGCGACCUGCGGAUGCAGUCGGAGGAAGUCGAGGGUCUGGCUGGAGCACGCCGAUCGGUGAUUGGGGACAGCCCGGAGCUGCUGACACACUACUACGAUGAUGCCAGGACCAUGUACGAGGUCUUCAGGAGGGGAUUCAGCAUCUCUGAAAAUGGUCCCUGCCUGGGGUUCAGGAAGUCCAAGCAGCCAUACCAGUGGCUGGCCUACAAGGAGGUGGCUGAAAGAGCAGAAGCUCUGGGUUCAGGGCUUAUUCUGCAGGGCUGCAAGCCAUCCACAAAGCAGUUCAUUGGGGUCUUUGCCCAAAAUCGUCCAGAGUGGAUCAUUUCUGAGCUGGCUUGCUACACCUACUCCAUGGUGGUGGUUCCCCUCUACGACACCUUGGGUCCUGGAGCCAUUCGUUACAUCGUCAACACAGCUGACAUUUCCACAGUCAUUUGUGACAAACCUGAAAAAGCCAGAACACUCCUCGACCACGUGGAGAGGAGAGAAACGCCAGGUCUGAGCUCCAUCAUCCUGAUGGACCCGUUUGAGAAGGAGCUGAUGGAGAGAGGGAGUCGCUGUGGCGUUCACAUCCAGGCCAUGCAGGAGGUGGAGGAGCGUGGCCGUGAGAGUCGACACGUCCCUGUGCCUCCUCGACCAGAAGAUCUAUCAAUUGUCUGUUUUACUAGUGGCACUACAGGAAACCCCAAAGGUGCUAUGCUGACUCACGGGAACGUGGUUGCUGAUUUUUCAGGCUUUUUGAAAGUGACGGAGAAAGUGAUCUUUCCGAGACAGGACGAUGUGCUCAUCUCCUUCCUGCCUCUGGCUCACAUGUUUGAACGAGUUAUACAGUCUGUCGUGUAUUGCCACGGAGGGCGAAUUGGGUUCUUUCAAGGAGAUAUUCGUCUCUUAUCUGACGACAUGAAAGCACUGCGUCCAACCAUCUUCCCUGUCGUGCCGCGGCUGUUAAACAGGAUGUACGACAAGAUCUUCAGCCAGGCAGACACGUCCCUCAAGCGCUGGAUUCUGGAAUUUGCUGCAAAACGGAAAAAGGCUGAAGUUCGAAGUGGGAUCAUCAGAAAUGACAGUUUGUGGGAUAAGCUUUUCUUUAAUAAAAUACAGGCGAGUCUCGGCGGGCACGUUCGCAUGAUAGUAACAGGUGCUGCGCCUGCGUCUCCGACUGUCCUGGGCUUCCUCCGUGCCGCCCUCGGAUGCCAGGUUUAUGAAGGCUAUGGCCAGACAGAAUGCACAGCUGGAUGCACCUUUACGACCCCAGGUGACUGGACAUCAGGUCAUGUAGGAGCCCCUUUGCCCUGUAACUUAAUCAGAUUGAAGGAUGUGGAAGAGCUGAAUUAUUUUGCUUCCAAAGGAGAAGGAGAGAUAUGUGUAAAAGGACCAAACGUUUUCAAAGGCUAUCUGAAAGACGAAGAGAAGACAACCGAAGCGCUGGACCAGGAGGGCUGGCUUCACACUGGAGACAUCGGGAAAUGGUUACCUAAUGGGACUCUUAAAAUCAUUGAUCGGAAAAAGCAUAUAUUUAAACUUGCUCAGGGAGAAUAUAUUGCACCAGAGAAGAUAGAGAAUAUCUACAUCCGCAGUGACCCUGUUGCCCAGAUCUAUGUCCAUGGAGACAGCCUGCAGGCCUUUCUGGUGGGAAUUGUGGUGCCCGAUUCCGAAGUUAUGCCAGGCUGGGCAAAGAAAAGAGGGUUUGAUGGAACGUAUGCAGAACUCUGUAAAAAUAAGGAACUGCAGCAAGCGAUAAUGGAAGACAUGGUACGGUUAGGGAAGGAGAGUGGACUUCACUCCUUUGAGCAGGUCAAAGCCAUUUACAUUCACUCUGACAUGUUCUCAGUACAAAACGGUUUGUUGACACCAACGUUAAAGGCUAAGAGACCAGAACUAAGAGAUUACUUCAAAAAACAAAUAGAAGAGCUAUAUUCAAGCAUCUCCAUCUGA